UGGACUUAUUUACUGCUUGCUCUGUUGGCAAAUUUGAAUACAUUCAACAAUUGCUCAGAAAUGACUCGCGCACUGAUAUUGUUAACAUAAAAAACGAAGGAGGCUGGUCACCAUUGAUGUAUGUGUGCUAUAUUGGGAAUUAUGAAAUCACCGAAUUACUCGUCCGUGAAGGUGCUGAUGUUCUGUUUGAAGAGAAAGAAUAUGGUCGAACGCCAUUGAUGCUGGCUUCAUCUUCCGGCAACAUAUAUCUGGUGAAAUUUUUAAUAAAAAAUAGAGCCCAAAUCAACCAAAGGGACAGACAUGGCCAAACUGCUUUAUACCAUGCUGCUGAACAUGGUCAGACAAAAAUUGUUGAAUAUCUACUAAGUAUUUCUGCAGAUGUUUUGAUAAGGCAGAAUGGAACAGGUUACACUCCAUUUAUGGAGGCAGCAAAACAAGGACAUGAAGCUGUUUUUAAUGCAUUUUUGGAUCAUGAUGUUGAUUUGGGAGUUUUAUCCAGUCAAGGUUACACUGCUAGAGACUUGGCAGAGCAAUGUAACUCUCAUGUAAUAGUGAAAAUGAUUGACAAUCAUCAAAUCAAGUCUCGAUAUAAAACAGAUUUGAGUUGUAUUGGCAAUACCAAACAACCACAUCAAAAGGUCAACCAGUGGCUAAAUGAUCAUAAUCCAGAUCAUUUUUAUGAUGAUAUUCUCACAAAUAAAUUUGAUGUAUGUGAAGACAUCAACUCACGACCAAUAAUGCCCUCAUGUGGAAUUCCAAUUUGUUCUCCUUACAAACAUUAUUCAGUUGAGGAAAGUUUGGGCAAAUCAUAUGGAGAUUCGACGAUUGUUGACUCUGAUAGAACACCAUUGGGUACGCCUGUAGACAGCAUGUUUCAACAGUAUAUGUCUGCUGAUCUUUUUCUUCAUCGUUCUUCUUAUAAUCAUCCCACGUUGCAGACGUUUUUAAAGGAUUUAGGCUUGGAGAAAUAUGUCAAAACAUUUAAAGAUGCACAUAUCGACUUUGAUUUACUACUUUCGUCAACGGAAGAAGAUUUUAAGGAGCUUGGAAUAGUGCUGGGUCCAAGACGUAAACUGAAAAUGGCCAUUGAUCAAUGGAAGGAGGACAAAGGAUGUACUAAAGAAAGAAAUACACCACUUGUCUUGAAGUGAACGAUGUUAAAGUGCAAUUAGCAGAUGUUUAUUCUAAACUUGAACACAUAAAUGCAGAACUCGUGCACGAGAAAGAAGCAAGGCAUCACUCGAAGCUGAACUAAUGGAAGGAAGAGCGAGGAAAAAUCACAUGUAUUUCAUUGGAGAGAAAGUCAUAAGGGCCUGUAAAGAUAUGUUAAAUGUA